AUGUCGUAUCUGGUCAACUCCAUGGACCAAGAGAUUGCCGGACGCUACCUUUUACUUGAUUCGGCUGCCAAGAUCUGGAAGACAGCCCAUGACACCUACUCUCAAGUGGGCAAUGCUGCCCAGUGUUAUGAACUUCGUCAGAAACUCCACUCCACCAAGCAAUUAGAGUUGACCCUCUCUCAGUAUUACAAUAAAAUGUGCACAAUGUGGCAGCAGCUUGAUUUUUUGAGGACCUUCACUGCCACUUGUGACGUUGACACCACUGCUUUCCGAAAGUGGGAAGAUGGCUUACGGGUGUUUGAUUUUUUGGCUGGUCUCAACAUUGAAUUUGAUCAGAUCCGGGCCAAUAUUCUGAAUCGUGAUCUCCUACCAACUCUUGAGCAGGCCUAUGUGAUUUUUGCAGCCGAAGAUACUCGUUGGACAGCCAUGAUUACUCCUGUCACUCAGGAACAAUCGGCCCUACUUUCUAGUUCUCAACCUACUUCUCGUGGUAAUUCUUUCCGCAGUUCUGGUGUUACUAGUGAUCGCCCUCCUAUUAAAUGUGAUCAUUGUGGGAAGGAAUGGCAUACCAAGGAUCGUUGCUGGAAGCUUCAUGGUCGCCUAACAAAUACCCGUGGGCUUGGGAGGGGUGGCUCCAAUCGAUCCAAUAAUGCCUAG